GACUUUACAUACGAAUCAAGUAUGUAUUGUAUUAAGAUUAAAAUGUAACUUUUUGGAAUACGAAUAAAUUUGUGAAUGUGUAGUUUUUCUUUUUUUUGGAAGAUAAUUAUUGAAUCAACAUUUUAUUAUUAAAGGAUUUAAAAUUUUAUAAGCAAAUAUGUGGAAUGAAAGAAAUAAUAGAAUAUUUGUUCUGCGUCGUCGAAAUAGUUAUUUUUGGCAAAUAGCUAUAUUUUACUUUUUUAUUAAAUUUGAUUCUUUUUAUGCAAGGGAAUGUGAGGUUGAAGGCUUACAAGUAUUUUACAAUUCUUUAAAACCAUCUUUAGAUGAAGCACAGCUGGAAAGAAUUGGUCCCAAAUUUGAAGUUGAUUUUUAUAAUAUCAGCAUUGUAGAAAACUUACCAAAUGGUUUUAGUGUUUUGCAAGUAGUUGCUCACGAUAGAGUUCAAAAUGAAGAAUUUAUAUAUGAAUUAGAUGAUGAUUCUGGUGCUUUUUUGAUUGAUUCAAAUUCAGGAUGGUUAAUUGUGAGGAAUUCAUCAAUUCUUGAUAGAGAAAAACGAUCCAUCAUAAGAAUGAAAGUUUACGCAUUUAAAAAGUCUUUUACAGAUAUUUCAAACACAAAUAAUGUUGUUAAUUUUUCAAAUGUUUCAUGUUCACCAACAACUGUUGCUUCUUCAACAUUUGCAAAUGUUGAAUUACUAAUUCUUGAUGUUAAUGAUAAUAAUCCAAUUUUUUUACCAAGCAACUAUUAUGUAUUAACAACUUUAUCAAAUUCGAAUAUUGGAGCAAUUUUGGGAAAAGUUCAUGCCAUUGACAAGGAUGAAGGGAAAAAUGGAUUAGUUUCCUAUCGUUUGCAAAGAUCGGAGAAUAUUACAUCUCCUUUUGCAGUAGAUAUAUUUACUGGAGAAAUAUCUGUAAGAAAAAGUCCAAUAAUGGUUGGCAAGUAUAUCAUCUUUGUUGAGGCUAUGGAUAAUCCUUUGAAUCCUAGUGAAAAACGUUUCUCUCUGGCUGUUGUUACAAUAAAUGUAAUUCAAUCACCCGUUUUUCAGUCAGAAAGUCUAAAAUUUAUUGGGACACCUUACAAAUUUUGGAUUCAGAUAGAUGCUCCUAUUGGAAGUACUGCAGGACAAAUUUUCACAAAUAAUGUAAUGAAAGAUAAAUACUUGUUUGAUUUGCUGCAUAGUUACAGAGACGGAGUUCCCUUUGCUAUAGAGGAAAAGUCUGGGGUAAUAACUGUUGUUGACGAAAUUAGAAAAUACAAAAACCAUUUCUACGAAUUUGAGGCAGUUAUUGUUGAGAACAAUGACAUUGUUCUGUUAACUAAUGUGACUAUAAUUAUAAACUCUGAAUUGAAAAGCAUCAAUAUUGACAACAACAUUGAUAAUAAAAGAAAUAAAACAUCAAGUCUGCAAAGUCCACAAAUUUUUCACAUAAGCGAGAAUUCAAAUACCAGAUACAUUGGACAAGUCAAGUCAAUAAAAUCCAAACUAAACGAAAACGUGAAAUUUUAUAUUACUAAUCAAAAAGAUGUUUCUGAAAUAGGAAUAACUAAUGAUGGAUUUCUUUAUACAAACCAUUCCUUGGAUCGAGAAGAGAAAGAAAAUUAUAAUAUUACAGUUGCAGCAGAAACUUUAGCUGAAAUUGAAACAAUUCAUAUAGUUGUUAUUGUUGACGAUGAAAAUGACAAUGCACCACUAUUUAAUUCAAACUCUUAUGAAGGGUAUAUAUUUGAAAAUAGCCCUUUGGGAACACAAGUAACUAUGAAAAAUAAAAUAUUUGCCUUUGAUUUAGAUAAUAAUAUUAAUGGAACCUUUGUAUAUAAAAUUUUUGAUGAUGGUAACGGAGACAGCAGUUUAUUCGAAAUAGAAAUGAAUAGUGGAAUUAUUUUUUACAAAGGAUCAUCGAAAGAAGAUAACCUAGAUAGAGAAAUAAAAUCAAUUUAUAACAUGAAAAUUGUCGCUAUUGAUAAAGGUAAUCUUCAAUCUGUGGCGAAUUUAACAAUUACAGUAAAAGAUAUUAAUGAUAAUGCUCCUAGUUUUACGAAAAUAAAAAUGGUUCUCGAUAAAAGCGAUAUUCAAGUAUUAGGAUUUGCUAAGGAUACGGAUAAUACUUCCUUGAUUGCUGAUAGCGAUAAUUAUUUCAUUCAUAAAGAUGAAAAAAGUCAACAUUAUUAUCUUAGUUAUUACAAUAACUUGGAAAAGCAAAUUAGUAAAUUACAAAAACCAAUUAUUUACAUAUCAGAAAAUGUAAAGUUAGAUUCAACCGUUUUUCAACUUGAAGCCCAUGACAAUGAUGUUGAUAACAAUGCAAUUAUAACUUAUAACAUUCUAUCAGAAAAUUGUAAAAAUAUAUCUGAGCCAUAUGAAGAGCAUUUUAUAAUCAAUUCGGAAACUGGUCAAGUUUCCAUUAAAAAACUUUUGCCUGGAAUGGAUGUUUGUCUUUAUGUCAGAGCCAUUGAUGGUGGAAAUCUUGCAGAUGAGAUACAAUUAAAAAUUCAUAUUACUUGGUCUGAAAAUGAUACUACCACUACAAGUCCUCCAAAACAACAACGAUUCAUAAUGUCCUUUUUCCAAACUGGUGCUUUUAUUUUAAGUUGUAUUGUUUUUAUUGCAACUUUUUUAACUUUUCUAUACAUAUCAUGUGCACGAAGAAAUAAAAGAACAUAUCUAAAAUCUGCUGAUCCUUUCUUAACUGCAAACGUUCUCACGAAUCAUCAUAUGCAAGGCAUUAAUUUCGAACAAUUAUUUAGCAAAAAUUUUCAACUUGGUCAGAAUACUUGUGAUCAUGAAUCCAAUAGCGAUAUAAGAUUAUCCAGUUUUCCCAACUGCAGAGCUUCUAUGGAUACUGAUAAGAAAUUUGUUACGUCAGCAACUUCUUUAUAUUCCUGUUGUCAUGAUUCUGGAGUAAUUGCACGCGUUUGUCAUUGUAACAAUAUGUACAAUUCAGAAACAUCAAGUCAAAAGAGUAACAAAAGCUACGAAGAUUCACUGAAAUCGUUUCAACGACAUUCAUUAUCAUCAAAUAUUGAAUCGUUCACAAACUAUCCUACACAUAAAAUGAUUCAAAAUGCGGAAAAACAAUUCAAUUUUUUUUCUAGAGAAAAUAAUGUUAAGGAUGAUGUUUUUAUUCACAAACAUGAACAAUCUAUAGCAAAAGAAUCAAAUAAUUCCAAAAAGAUCAUGAAUAAAUUGCCAACUGCAUCUGGAACUCAAGGUCGAGUGUUGUACUAAACAAUAAUAGUUGAGAAUAUUAAAACAAAUCAAUUAUAAUGUAAUUGAAAAUAAAAAAUAAAAUAAAAGAAUAGAAGAAUGGACGAUUACUAUAAAU